CCGCCCCAGAUACAACAACCCCUCCCUCUCUAGCCAUCUCGACAGCUCCCCUCCUCUGGUUCCCGCCCACCGCGUUCACCAUGCCCGUCGCUAAUACUGGCUCUGAACAGGUUGUCACGCCGGCACAGGAAAAGGCCGCCGAGCUCGUCUGGAAGAAGCUCAAAGCCCUACACGGCACUUUCUACCGGGCAGACCUGGGUCUGGGCCAAGCUGUCCUCAGCAACGGCAAGGUCCAGGUCAGGUCCAUCAGCGAUCUCACCUCGAAGUAUGUUCAGCUCGACCAGACGUGUCACGUGCGCAUGUCGCUACCCGAAGCUCUGAGGGCUUUAGGGGAUGUCAGAAGAGCGUGGACCGACUUUGACAAUGGAGUUGAUAGUCGCCACAAAAAGCUCAUCAACGAGAUUGCGACCUGUGCGAAGCUGGAUCGCCAGACGAAAAAGGACUUGGAGCUCCAACUGCAAAUCUUGACGCACGAGUUCAGGUCCAAUCUGGCACUUGCUGAAGCGGCCUUCCAGGAGGCGGGCCCGAACGCUCCUCAGAAUCUCAUCAAGCGCAUGUGGCUCACAAACGCCGAUGGAACUGCUGUGAAAGAUCUGGGUUCUCCGAUGGGCUACAAACCUAACCCCGACUACAAAAGCUGGGGGCUGUGACCUUCUUGGACAGUGAAAUCCAUUCGCGCUCUUGGCUAGCGAUGCUGAGACAGUAAAGCACCAAAGACAGUCUUGCGCGUGAGGGUGUAUUGCUGUUAAAGUGGCCUUACGUACCGGCGCUUGUACCGAUCUCUUGGCUUGUAUCUGAGGAAUCGAAGACUGCAGAAAUGCCAAGUUCGUCUCUCUCUGCUUCAGGAUGUAAGUUGGUAGUAGCUGGCCGACUAGGACAGUCUGCGGG